AUGGAUCAUCGAAUUAUUUCUCCAAUGGAAAUGUAUUCUGUUGCUCGACAUUAUUUAAAUUUUUAUAAAACUAUUAUUUUCUAUCUUCGAUUUCAAACAUUAUCAUUUUCUCUUGACGAAUGGAAAUCGCGUAUUAUGAAAGCUUUACGUUUAACAAUAGAAGCACAACCACGAUUACGUUUGCAAGUUGAUCUUUCAAGAAAGCAACCGUUUUUUAUUAUUUUACCAAUGAAUGUAUUCGAUACGUUACCAAUUCAAAUUAUUCAAAGAAAUAAUUACGAUAUUGAUGAUGAACAAGAAGAACUUCUAGAUAAAAUUAUAGAAGAUGAAAGUAAUACGGGCUUUAUUUUUGAUCAACAUUCUCCAUUAUGGCGUGUGACACUUGUUGUUUCAUCGAAUAGUCAAACAUUUGAUUUUAUAAUUACAAUGAGUCAUGCAAUAGGUGAUGGCAUGUCAGGAAUGGGUUUCUUUACAAAUUUGAUUGAAUGUUUAUCAGAAAAAUCAACUUUAACUUUUUCACUUAAUGAUGAUCGACCUUUACAUGAAUUAAUUCCAUCAAAAUUACCUCCUUUUUUUUCACUUAUCUUAAAAAUAAUUGAAAAAUUUUUUGUACCUAAUAUUCUUAGUCAAUAUUUAUUUCCAAAAACAUAUUGGACCGGUAACAUUCAAAAAAAUGAUAAUGAUAAAUAUCAAACACGUUUAUUAUCAUUUAAAUUAUCAAAUACAAUACUUGAUUCAUUGCAUAAAAAAUGUCAAUAUGAAAAAACAACUAUACAUACCGCAAUAUUAUCUUCACUUCUUUUAUCUAUUACAGAAAUAAUUGGCAGAAAAAAUAUGGAAUUUUCAUGUAGUACAGCUGUUAAUCUUCGUCAAUACUGUCAACCAAAACUUUUAAAUCAACAAAUGGGUAUUUAUAUUUCAAGUGUAGAUAGUUAUCAUUAUAUUCCAUAUGUUGAAAAUUUAAUAAAUUUAUUUUGGCCAUUAGCUCGUCAAAUAAAAGAACAAAUAAAUUAUGAAAUCGAACAUGCAGCAAUGCCAUUAGUUCAAUCAUUAAAAUUUAUUUCGAAUUGGAAUGCAUUUUUAAUCGAACAAAAAAAGACGUUACCAAAUGGAUAUCAACAUAGUGUUGAUAUAUCAAAUAUACUUCGCUGGUCAUUUCAAAAUAAUGAUCCAUCAUGGAAAAUACUUCAUGGUGGUUUUACACAAUCAGCAAAUGUUGUUGGAAGUGUAUUUACUGCUAGUGUAGUUACUGUUAAUGGAAUUUUAAAAGUUUAUAUUUCUUUUUAUGAAUGUAGUAUUGAAAAUGUUGAAAAAGUCAAAAUUAUGAUAGAUAGAAUGCAACAACUUUUACUUGAUGCUAUUUCUUUAGAAUAA